CAUUUUGUAUUUUAUUGGUGAUUUUCUCAAUUAAUGUCUUGUUAACAUUGUUAAACUGUUGGUCAACAUCGUUUAAGGUGUCAACUUAUUGUGUUACAACUAUUAAUUUUGUCGAGUAUAAAAGGUUAAUACGAUCACUGGGAACUGGAUCAGUUUCAAUUCAUUUGAUCAUCUUAUAAGGUGAUCAAUCUUGAGAACGACAAAGUUACACUUUAAAUCUUCAUUCAUUUGUUACCAAAUUAUUAUUACAUUUUUACGAGCAAACUUAUUCUUUGAAUCAACAUGAGGAUCACACUCGUGAUUGCUUUGGUUACGCUUUACAUUGUGGCUGUUACCUCUCAUCGUCAUCAUCAUCAUUGUUGCAAGAAAAAUGUUCAUCACCACCAUAAACAUGAAGGAAAGAAGGUUCACCACCAUCAUGGACACCAUCACGGUCACCAUCAUGGUCACAAACACGGACAUCAUCAUGGUCAUAAGCACUCUCAUGGCCAUGGUCACGGCCACAAUAGCUGGGGAGGCUGGGGUGGUUGGGGAGGCCACACUGGACACUCUGGAUGGGGAGGCUGGGGUGGUCAUGCUGCUUUGUCUCAUGGUUGGAAUGGUGGAUGGGGAUGGGGUCAUCAUGGACACCAAGGACAUCAUGGACAUCAUGGCUGGGGUCAUGGUCAUGGCUGGGGAUGGUGGUAAAAAGGGUCACAAUAAUUCACAGUUUGAAUUCUUGAGAGAUCAAAAGUCCUAUUGCCAAAAGCCAAGUUAAAACGGAAAACCUAAUCGACCAAAUCAAGCUAAAAGCUAAAUGUUAAGCUUUACACUUUCGUAUUCAGUCUUUUACAAAUUGAGCUUUUCUAAAAGUAUCCUUCGAGUAUUUAACUAUUUAUUCAGAUGUACAGAUGUUGAAAUCUUUCAUUCAGCUUGAACACUUUAUUGUAACUGUAAUUGUUGUAUCAUUGGAUCAAAGUUAUUUGUAAUUAAGAUUCGAGGCUGAGUAUCUUAAUUAUGAAUAAAUGACGUAAAGUGGUAUAAUUUUUUUG